CAAACAUCAUCGUCGACGCAGGCGAUCUGAUCAAGUCAAGGCCUUUUGUCAUUGUCAUUAUUCUACUGUGUCGAACCUAACAACCAACGACCGGUCCGUCACCCUGGAUCGAUCCUCGUACCCCUGCCCAAGUCCGUACCGGGUCCUCCGCAUAUUGGCUAUAGUGGCUGCAGGUGGCUCAAAAUCCUUCUGACGCCACUCUUGUAUUCUCGGCUCUUCAGUGUUGCGAGCAACCAGUGCCACCCCUGGCAACCCCCAGGAAGGAUCGCAUCAGAUCUUUUUCGCCUGCGCCUUUGGUGGUUCAACUCAUGCGCCCCAAUCCACUCUCAAGCCUCUUCGUCGUCUUGAAUCUCGACAGCCUCAGUUUUCGUUGACAACAGGAGGCUCCACCAACACCAUCAUACCCACUCCACGGCCCCUGGUCCUGGUCCAAUUGAUACACCCUGGGCCCAACUAUCUUCGCCUUUCAUACUCGACGGGCAUCGUCACCCAUCGGCGGGUUUGAUCUGGCCGACUACUUUUCUACUACUUUUCUGUCAACACCUCUCCUACCUCACAGAGUCACUGCUUCAGUUGCUCGAGCUUGAACACAGGCAUUCACAAGCUAUCCUUGGGUUGUUGUCGACUGCGAUCCAGCGCCACCAGCCAAACCCGCGUUGCUCAUCGUCAAGCUUUCUUCAACAAAUCGGCGUCAUUUCAACCCGAACUUGCACCUCGCCUGGCCUCUCCGUCUAUUCCUUCCUUUCCACUCAACUCGACUCGAACCUCGCUUCACCAACCCCAACUAUUUGUUGGCUGGCAGCUGGCUGUUUUCCCUCCUCCUCAACCGCCACGACUUGUCGUCUCAAGCGUUCCUUGCUUCCUCACUGCGCGCACGAUAAACUGUGCUGCAACAGUAAUCAUCAAGCAAUUGCCCCUCAAGCGCCGCAUACCGAGAACUUGUCACAGCCGCAUUCGCUACCUGCCUGCACCGUCCACCACUAGUCACGACUGUCGACUAUUUUCAGCCCACAUAUUUCUUCAUCGCAAACCGGCGUCGGUCUUAAUAUUCGUCUCUUCGUCGUCUACCACUCAGCGAAGCGAUUUACCUACCUGCUACGCUUCAAUCGAAGUUCCUAGGCGACCGCACAAAGAGCAAACCGAACCCUUACGAUCCUUGGCUUGCAGUCUCCCUCCCUCAACGCAUUGGCGCCGUUACAUACCAUGCUGCGCAGCGUCGCCCACUUUGUCUUUAAGAGAUAGGAUCUAUACCGGCGCUAUCGAUCCCGGCUUCUGAGUGAAUCCGAAACACGCAGGAUUCAACUUGCGCGUCGACUGAGGCUGGAGAACCCGCCAAAUCUAACUACUCUUGACAACUUCAUACCUGACCACAUGUCCGCACAAGGCCAGGUUGAUUGCUUGAAGAAGAUAUCUGUUUAUGGCUGAGUCCAAUAUUGAUCCACAAAUAUCCCAGGAGGGCUCAACGCCGGGGUCUCCCACUUUCAUUAAACCCUCAAGUCCUGUGCAAUUCCAAACAAAGCUCAAGGUCAGUUCUGCCAGCGACUUUGAAGACUCUGGGAGGCCUGGAAAAAGACGGAAGCUCGAAGGGCCCCAGUUGACUGCUGCUGCUGCCAUCGCUGAAGGAUACCGCCGGCCCUCGAGAUCCGUCUCACCACCGAGUACUGGGACAAGUCCCAAUCCUUCGCAACAAGCAUUGAGUGCUCUGAUGGGCGCAAACUCGAAUAUUACGAGCAAGGCUCCCAAGUCCAGCUCAGACAAUGCUCCAGAUCCAGCAACCACUAUCAGCGAACCUUUAGUUCAGGUAGCUGAGAACAUCCAGCAUGCUUCUGCGACUUCUGAAGCCUCUGCUACUGGCGAUAAUCAUGCAGAGCAAACUAGCCCUACCAGCCUGUCCAGCAUUGGAACUCUCGAAAGUGUGGCGGGUGUCUCGGGCAUGACCACGACUGUGGGAAGCCCAUUACCGAUUGAGCAAACACUUGGCCAAGUCGGAAAUGCCACCGAAGUGGGCACUGUCUCGCCUGGUGAGGGAUUCAAGGGUUCAUCUUAUCCAGCCCCUGGCUUGCAACUGCCGCCCAGUGAAGGCGCUAGACGAGGAAUGAGCUUGCCUCAAUCCACUUCACGAGCAGGUACAAGAUCUCCCUCCAGCAAAAAACACAGAUGCCCCUACUGUGCCACCGAGUUUACCCGUCACCACAAUCUAAAGAGCCAUCUGUUAACACAUAGUCAAGAAAAGCCAUACGUAUGCUCCACCUGUCAGUCGAGGUUCCGACGGCUGCAUGAUCUCAAGAGGCACACCAAGUUGCAUACCGGUGAGCGACCCCAUAUUUGUCCCAAAUGCGGCCGGAAGUUCGCUCGGGGCGAUGCGUUGGCACGCCACAACAAAGGCCCCGGUGGCUGCGCAGGUCGCAGAGCCAGUAUGGGUAGCUACGGAGGCGACGAUGACGGCGAAGGUGAUGAGUCCAUGGAGGGAGUCGUGUAUGGUGAACCCGAGACCAUGGACGAUGAGCCGGGAAAUGACAAAACCCCUCGAAUUCGUCGUCAAGCUCCUUCAGGAGACGACAAUCUGGAAGACCCUGAUCACGCUUCCCGAUUUCCGAGUACAUACCCUCCUAUCCAAGGUCGGCCCCCAGGAGGUAUAGCAAGCACUGCGUUUCCACCUCGGAGCGGGUUCAAUCCAUCCGCUUCGGGAUCCGGUAACGUUGUUGUCCCUCCAGGGGCACCGCCACCGUUUCCACAAGUUUCGGGCUCAUCGGUUGGCUCGCGGCCCUCCAUACCGAAUGCGGUCUAUGCGCAGAACCCCAUGACCGAAAGUCCAAAACCCCUUUCACCCGGACAAGUACACCGAGGUUCGGUGACGGGGUCAGCCGAAGGCAGCCUCCAUCGCAACCGGUCUCCAAGCAUGACACAUUACCAACAGGGCUCGUACAGUCGGGCAAGUGGUACAGGAUCAUCCUUGAGUGUGCCAUCUGGACCACCUCAAUUACCGCCUCCAAAUGUAUUAAAUCCGCCAGAUGCAAGAUAUACCUUGCCGAGUCAAGGUGGUCCGGCCCAUCCGCCGACCCAACCUUCUGGCCCUCCUACACAUAUGAGUGGGAGCGGACCGUUGUCCUCUCAUAGCAACAGCCUGUCUUCGACUCAUGGUCAUUCGGGCCAUGGUAGUGGUGAGACCUCCAACAUGUUUGCCGACAAAGAUAGAAUCUGGGCCUAUGUCAACAGUCUCGAAACACGAAUGAAUGGGAUGCAGCAGGAGAUCGACUCGCUCAAACAUCAACUUGCCGUCGCCACCCAAUCGGCACAACAGCAACAACGAAUAUGAAGAGUACAAGACAUUUCAGCAACAACGAGAAUCGGACUGCACACGAAUUGCAAACUGAAUACGAAGAAUAACCUCCGUGUCUCGAUGGGACGAGAUAUGCGGGCCCCCAAAAAGGCCAAAAAGCGUUGACAGGAACAAUGAUUGAUUUCCAGCCACGUUAUAGAUACCCCAUGAAUUGCAUUUCUCGUUUUUCCCUGCUCUCUACCAAUACGGGCAGACUCCGUUCGAGAGUGGUAUCUAGCACCGCUGAAUCGGCGUUUGGUUGAGAAGGGUACGACUGCGGUAUGAUCUCACUGGAUGAGAUGCGAAUGUGAAGGCGCGAGCGCUGUGUAAGCAGGACAGGCCGGAGAGAUGUUGAUUGAUUUGAAUGCGAAUGGGUUUGGGCUUGGCGAGAACGAUGUUACACUAACAUUCUUCACAUGUGUAUAUGUACAAUAUGAUUAAAAGAGCGCGAAAAGGGCCGAGUUUAUGAUCGGCUAACUCGGAGAGGAGAGUGAAACGAAAGAAUACAUGAGUUUUUAAUCCAAAGCAUUUUCACACCAUGAAGGAUUUUUGGUCAGCUACUCUGCACAGCGAGUAGCGAAACA